GUGACACAACAAGCGUGAUUGCGAAAGUGCACUUGGCAAAGAUUGGUGAACGUCUGCUGAUGGAAAGACGGCUCACAGUUCGACAGGAACACACCAGAACAUAUUCAGCUGUCCUCCUCGUCUCACUGAAUCAGAGUCCGUCUUCCUCCUCGUCAUGGAGCAACAAUAUCCUGAGUCCGCGGUGGUGUUUCGAAAUGUGGGGCAGCUCUAUUUCCCCCAAACCAGGGUGGAGUGUCACUACAGUAUGACCUCAGCCCAUCAGUGGAGCAGCAGGGACUGGAUUGGCAUCUUUAAGGUUGGUUGGUCCUCACUUCGAGAGUAUCACACCUACUCUUGGUCGCUCGUUCCCGAAGGCUACGCUGAAGGAACCGCUGUCGACUGUUGUGCACUUUUUCAGGCCUUUUACCUGCCUCGCCCCAGCACGGAGGAGUACCAGUUUGUGUAUGUGGACAAGGUGGGGGGAGUGUGCGCCCGAAGCAGACCUUUCACCUUCUGCUCCCCCAAGCCUCUGGAGGAGCUGGAGACUCUGAAAGAGGAGUGCGAUGAGGAAGAUGGAGAUGAGGAGGAGCUGCUCCUGGUGGUCCCCAAAGCUCAGCUGCUGCAGAGUCAGCUGGAGGAGAGCUGGAGGGAGAAGGAAGAGUUGCAGCAGGCUGUGGAGGAGGCCAAACAGCAGAUAGAGGAGGAGCGGAGGAACAGCAGAAAAGUAAAAGAAGAAUGGGAGAGUGAACGGGAAGCCAUGAAGGAGCAGAUUAGCGAGCUUCUUGAAAACCUGAAUCAUAAGUGUGACGCCUUGAAGACAGUAGAAGGGAAACAUCUGGAUGUCACAAGCAGCCAGCAGAACCUCAACACUGAACUGAAUCAACUUUUGGAGGAAAAAGUGCAAAGUCAGCAACGAAUCAAAGACUUGGAGGAAGACAUCAAGGCGUUAGCAGACCGAGAGGAGGAGAGAAACACAGAGAUGGAAAGGCUGAAAGAGAUAUUGAAGAAAGCAUGCAAUCAAAUCAAGCUUGAUGAGGAAAAGAAAACGUUGCUGAAGGCGGCGCACGAUGCCGCGCUAGCGGAGGUCCGUGGAUUGCAGCUUCGUUUGGAGUCGAGCGAGCGUUUAGCAGAGAGCCUGCGCAGGGAGCUGAGGGAGCUGGGCACCCGACAAGGCCAUGCUCACGCCGAGCUGCACCAAGCCCACCUGCAGGUGGCACAGCUGGGCCUGCAGCUGUCUGAAGAGAAGCUGCUCCUCAGGGAGGAGCGCACCAACUGGGCCCUGGAGAGAGAAGCUUCCAGACAGGCAGCAGAGGCUGACCAAAAGAAAUUAGAAGAGCUGAGCAGUGAGGUGUGCAGGAAGGAGGAGCAAUUGAGGGAGGAGAGGAUGAAGAUGGACAAGCUGGAAGCAGGGUUUGGGAUGAGAGACCAUGAUGCUGAUGGAGUGAGUCAGUGAUGCUCAUCUAUGUGCACGCCGUCCAGGGGACACCCACGAUCAGGCGGUCCAUCACGGUGAGAACAAACAACUGAUGCUUGCAGGAUUUGUGGACCCUGUGAUCAGGUGACACACACACACACACCAUUUUGUUUACGCUAAACCUUCUCAUGAGAUUAGUCACGCUUUGUUAAUUUAAAAAAAAGUGGAAAAUACUAACACAACGAAGACAGGCGUUUUACAUGAUGAAUUCUGCGUGUUUCCCCUGCAGUGAGUUGACGAGCUCCCUCAUGUGGUAGCACACGGAACUGCAAGUUUUACCUUUCAGGUUGAGUGUGUGAUGUUUUUUCUGUGUGAGUUGCCAUCAGACGACUUUUGUGGUUAGGUUAAAUAUGUUUAAGUGAUAAAUGUUGGUAUUUUUACACGUAUCAAGUGUCAUAUCAGCUGUUAAGGAGAUGAAAUGAGUGUUUUCUUGAGAAAAUGACACCGCUUUUGACUUCAUGGAACAUUUGCGUGUGUUACAAAACAUUCUAAUGUCAAGUUGAAGUGCGUGACUUGAAGGUUUGCACGGAUCUUAACUGUAGUCGUAGCUAAAACAUGCAUGUAUGGAUCAGAUUUCCACUAUUAUAUGUGACUUGUUAUUGGUUUAUCACGCUUAUAUUGAUUAGUAACAGUCAUGAAAUAAGACACAUUGUCGGUCUCAUGAGGAGAGGCCACUAAAUUGAAAUGUUUUGAAGCAAUUUAAGAGAGACCCCUUGGCGUUUUGGCAAAGAGGAGAAGAAUGCAGAGUUACCAUUGUGCACAACUUGAGAUUUAUGGCGUAUUUUAUUCAAAGAAACUUACUAUAGUGCCCCACUGGGAUGCAGUAUCAUUUUAAGUUCCCCUUUAAGUUACUUACAAGUUUGUUUUUGGUGUGUAUGCUUGGUUUGUUUAAAUGACACAAAUAAAUACAACAGCACACAGAAUGGUGUGAAAACAACAAAGCGCCUUUUUUUUUUUUUAUCAAAAUACAUCACCAAAAAAAACAAAAAACAAAAUAAACAAGCAAACUACAUAGACAUAUUUUUAGAGAUGUUCAAAUAUCUUAACAUGAAGGAGAUGACAGAGGUUGAUGGUUAUGUUUUUGUUUAAGAUGAGGCAUGACAUCAGAAAUAAUAAUUAAAAAAAAGAGCUCAUUCAAAGUUAUUUUUGUGUCAUUUGCAUAUUAUUGAUGUACUCUGUUUGAAUUCAUGCAUCUUCUGCUGUAUUGAAAUAUCCAGAUAUUGAAUUUAACAGUGCACACGUUUGGUGGAGAAAUCCGUACAUCUCUGAUGCACAAAUGUGUGAUACUUAAAUGACCUUUUUUUGUGCCCUUGAGAGUCUUUCCUCCUUACAUUCUGAGUUGGUGUGCUACAUUCAGGCCUCCGCAUGAGAGCUUCUUAUGUUUCUAUUUCAUCCCUGAUGUCCACAAACGAUGCUUGUAUUACAGCGAAUGGGACAAAUAAGAAGCGUUUUUACAAGGUGUCAAUAUCACAAAUGAAUAUUUGGCAUGAGACAAUCUAGUUGAAGUGUGAUGUGUGAACUUAUUAGCUGUGAAAAUUCAUUUAAAUGAAUGGAGGCGGCUUUCUCAUGUCCACACGUGAAACCUGAAUUUGCUGUGCUCCUCCUCACGCGUCUUUAUGGCUUCACGGUCCUGCUGAGUCAUACUUGUCUUCCACAACACCGUACCGGCGGGUGACCCAUCCCACCCGAGUCCUCAGUCCGCCGCGUCAUUUUGGUCUGUUUUGGAGCGUGAUUCGCGUCUUCAAAUGCGUUAUUGCUGACUUUCCGCCUGAGAUUUCCACUGUUAGCUUGUGAGUUUUAAUAAUAGAACACGCAAAACAAAAAGUAAAGGAAAUGGACACAAAGCAGAGACAGAAAGAAAAGGUAAGUAGCAUUUCUGUCACUUGUCAUAAAAAAAAAAGUUUUUAUACAAAGUGUAGCCCUUUUCCGGAGGAGGCGUGUCCUCCUGUCUGUCUCGCUGUGACCACCGUCUUGUCUUUUUGGCACGGUGACAUCUUGUCCUCCACCUUUUUAGUGCUUUUGCUUCAUCCCUCGCUUCCUGUAAACGUUUAAUAAGAGCCUGAUUGGAGGGUGAGGAUGACGAUCUCUUAUUGUGCCGGGCCGCUUUUAUUUUGUGUGGUCGCUUCCUCCCCCCAUAGCUCUCCGUCACUGUCCGCCAGCCGCUCCCGCUCCUCGUCCCAGUAGUCGUCUUCCUCGUCGUCGUCCUCUUCCUCCUCCACGGGUGACUCGCAUGAGCUCUUCUCCUCUCGCUUGAUGGCCUGGAUGGCGGGCGGGGGAGCGGCGGCAGCAGGGGCAGGGGCAGAGGUUUCUCCCGAGUCGCUGCUGUCCUCAAAGGCGUCUGGGUUUUCCAGCAUCUCCCUAAUGAGUGGCGGCAUGGGGCCAGGGAUCUCCAUCUUUAGUGUGAUGGCUCUCUCUGCACCUGUUUGCACAAACAUGGCAAAUACAUGAAAUGAUGUAUGUACUUUACAAACUCUACAAACCCCCUGAAUCCUUUCCUGGGCAAGGAACCAUAU